AUGACGGAAGGGCAAAAGUUGCUGGUGGACGCAUGCAAGCUCGAGAACAUGCCACAUUAUAUCGCCAGCGACUACUGUCUGGACUUCACCAAACUGAAGUACUGCCAGAACCCGGCCAAAGACCCAAUGAAGCAUGUCAAGGCUCACCUGGAGACGAAUAAGAGCGUCCAAGGUGUCCAUGUGCUGAUUGGCACAUUUACGGAGACAUUCUGGAGCGGGUACCUUUGGACUUCGACUAUAUAUGGAACCACCGCCGAAUACGUCGCGGCUGUAGCGCUUGAUCGAAACGUCAUUGGCAUGCAGCACUUUUUGGGUGACAGAUCUCCGAUUACUUUGCCGAGGUCUAUGGGAAGAAGCCUGACCUUGAGCGCCUGGGACCGCUGCAAGAUCUUUACAACACCAUGCACGCAACAUCCCAGAAUGAUUGAUCCCAGAAAUAUCUUUGCAUGCCUUGCCAUAAAGACACAUCUCAUGAAGGACUUGGAUAAUUUCAAGUAUCCUCAAGUCAAGCCCAUUCACGUACAAGGGCUUCGUGCAGCAUCGCAAGAUGGAGGACUUGGCCGACUCUUAUCAACCCGCGAUAUCAGACGUUCUAACCAAACUCGCGAUAACUAUUACUUGGCGGGGAAGGCAAAUUACUUUCCUAGCUAG